CCAUUUGUCGUGAGACCAUCUCUCACCAUAGGUCAAGCUGCUUUGGAAGGCGGAAGUGGAAGCUAGGGUUUAAGAAGGUCCAGGACGAAGUGGAUCACGGCGAUGGCGUCGGCGAAAAUCCUAGCGCGGGCUGGCUCCUCCCUCCUCGGCCGCCUCCUCGCCUCCCCGCCUCCGUCUCUUCUGCGGACCGGACCUCCUCUUCCGUCGCUGCUCCAUAGGAUCCAGCCGCACGUCCCGCCGCCGCCGGCGUCGGUGGACGCACACGAGGCGGAGGUGGUCGCGAGACUAAAUUCGCUCCCCGGGGAGAUCUCCUUCCCCUGCGGCCUCCCCUCUCUCCGGUUCCUCAUUGACGAUGGAAUUGAUCCUGUUGCUAAUGAACCCCUUGAGUUACUUCCCAAAAGGACUUACCAACCCAGCACCAUCAAGCGGAAACGAACCCAUGGAUUUCGUGCACGUAAAUCAACCACGGGUGGGCGUAAGGUGAUUGCUCGGAGAAUUGCUAAAGGAAGGCACAAAAUUUCAUGGUAAUGAAAACCCAUGGCACCGAUGGGAGUUUCACCUCAGCUUUGAAUGAUGCUAAUGUGAACAUCUAGGAGCUUACAAUAGAUGUAUUCUCCUUCCGAGGCGGGGUUAGAGCAAAGCCAAGAGACACCUGCCUGAAUUUCUUCACCAAACAAAACGUUUGUUCCACUGAAUAAACAUGACAAGGAGAUGGUUAUCGAUGAUUUUACUGCUAUUUGAGCUAUGUACUUGUAUGCUAGUUCGACUGCGUUAUGCAUUUGCUUGUGUUGUCAAACUGUCAGAGUAGCAUCCUUGGGGUCAUUUCCGUCCAUCAAACUAUGAUGUUGGGUUCGCGUGUGAGAUACCGUGGUAACUUGUAUGGUUGCUCUUCGCGUUUUCCCCCCUUUAAGAAAAAAGUUUUGCGUGCA